AUGUCAUGCUCACGAAUCUCGAUAUACUUAACCCCCUCCCCACCUCCUCGUCUCCUUCUCCGGUCUCCCAACCGAGAGAGGGUGUUGUCGCCAUUGUCGCCUCCUACUCGCAAGCCGCAUCCGCUGAUCCGCAUCCGCUAGGGCUUAAGGUUAGGAUCUCCCCUCUCGCGUAACCACGCCGCGAUGUGGUGGAGGGCGGUGGCUAGGGCUCGCCGGCGGGUCGCAGGGGCGCGGCCGGUGUCCACGGCGGCGGGGGCGGAGAAGAGCAGCCGUGCCGUGUUAGUACCGAGGUUCGGCGGGCCGGAGGUGCUGGAGCUGAGGCAAGGGGUGCCCGUGCCCGAUCUGAAGCCGGGGGAGGUGCUCGUGCGCGCGCGCGCCGUUUCCAUCAACCCCCUGGACUUGCGAAUGCGGUCUGGUUAUGGCCGUUGCAUAUUCGAGCCACUCCUACCUCUGAUCCUUGGCCGGGACAUCAGUGGUGAAGUUGCAGCCACAGGGACUUCCGUGUCAUCAUUUUUUAUCGGGCAAGAAGUGUUUGGUGCAUUGCAUCCAACAGCCAUGAGAGGGACUUGUGCUGAUUACGCAAUUCUUUCACAGGAUGAGCUUACUCCUAAACCAUCGAUGCUCACUCAUGUGGAGGCUAGUGCGAUUCCAUUUGCUGCGUUGACUGCGUGGCGUGCUUUACAUGGUACUGCUGGAAUUUCUGAAGGACAAAGAGUACUUGUGAUUGGUGGAGGAGGAGCAGUUGGGCUAUCUGCUGUUCAACUUGCGGUAGCUGCAGGGUGUAGUGUUUCAGCUACCUGUGGAGCCCAGAGUAUCGAGCAAGUUUUGGCAGCUGGUGCUGAAAAAGCUAUUGAUUACACUUCUGAGGAUACUGAAUCAGCAGUUACAGGAAAGUUUGAUGCUGUGUUAGAUACUAUAGGAGUACCUGAAACUGAAAGAAUUGGCAUUAAUCUUCUGAGGAGAGGUGGACAUUAUAUGACCCUUCAGGGAGAAGCAGCUGCACUAGCAGAUAGAUAUGGAUUAUAUGUGGGACUUCCUGCUGCUACUGCUACUUUACUAAAGAAACAGAUGCAAUAUCGUUGUUCACAUGGAAUAGAGUAUUGGUGGACAUACAUGAGAGCUGAUCCUGAAGGUCUUCAUGAGAUCAGGAGGCUGUCUGGAGCUGGGAAAUUACAGAUACCUGUGGAGAAGACUUUUCCUAUCAGCCAAGUCAGAGAAGCUCAUGAGGCCAAGGAGAAAAAGCUGGUGCCUGGCAAAGUGGUCCUAGAGUUCGACUAGUGCUAGCAGGAUUUUGUCUGACAGGCACAUGAGGACUGUACGUUUCAAAAAAUUGCAAGGAAUGUAGUUCUUUUUUUUCUUCGAAAAAUUUGUGUCGAUGCCCUACAAAUUUACUUGUUCUCUAGACACAGGUUACGAUAUCAUGAUUGAGUGUAAAUGCAGUAAAUAAUGAUAUAUGGUACGGAAAAGACUUGUUUCAAAGGAUCCAAUCAUUUUUCUUUUCA